UUUCAUGCUCAUAUUUGGCGUCCUCUGGAAGCUUGAAGCCCAUUUCGCCUUAAAUCGUCGACGCGCCGCCUGGUCCUCGCCAGUUCCAGAUGGUAUCAACCGGGCGGCACGUAUCAGCAAAGACGAUACGGUCAUGCAACUAUCAACAAGUAGCUAUAUUCUUCAUUAUGUAGUGGGUAGAUAGCUACUUGUCAGGCCAACAUUAUAGUUUUCCCAGGACUGAGUUUACAAGCUUUUGCGCCGUUGGAGAAGGGAAGUCAACUUUUUGUUGCAAUAUUGCGAAACUGGCUUCUAAUUAGCGGGCAAGUCGAAAGUAGCGAAUAACAAUGUAAUUACAAACUGGACGAAACUAGAGACGUGUCCAUUAGGUUGGUGGGUUUGUAGUGCCUUUUGUGUUUCAAGGAGAACAAUGGUUUUGUUUUGAUGAAGAAAGACUGUAUACACAAGCUCUCAGAUUGCAGAAUAAUCUAAGGACAGUGUGCCAGGGGAGGAGAAGCUUGUGUGUUUAGAACUGAGCAGCUGAGCGCACAUUGCGCGGAGAGAUGUCAGCCCGCAGCAGUAGAUCUCACCGGUCACUGAGAGCCGUGACUGCGAUUUUCAUCCUGCUGUUUGUCAACAUUGUUGGAACAGCUGCAGAAGACGACGCUUUUAAUGCAGAGUCAUGGCUGAGAAUGUAUGGCUACCUGUCCCAGGCUAGCAGACAGAUGUCCACCAUGCAGUCAGCCCAGAUACUUUCCAGUGCCAUCAAGGACAUGCAGCGCUUCUAUGGCCUGGAGGUCACCGGACAAGUGGAUGUGGCCACUCUAAAAGCUAUGAAAAGACCUCGCUGUGGAGUACCCGAUCGUUUUGAGGAGUCAACCGAGGGAGGUUCACGUCGCAAGCGUUUUGCACUUACUGGCCACAAGUGGGAUCAGGAUAAGCUCACUUACAGCAUUCAGAACCACUCACCUAAAGUUGGCCAAGAGCUAACUCUCGAGGCUAUUCGCAGGGCCUUCAAUGUUUGGGAGAAGGUAAUGCCUCUGCGGUUUGAGGAGGUCCCGUACCAUGAGAUAAAGAAUGGAAGCAAAGGGCCUGACAUCAUACUAAUGUUUGCCUCUGGAUAUCAUGGUGAUAUGUCUCUGUUCGAUGGGGAAGGAGGCUCUCUGGCUCAUGCUUUUUUCCCUGGUCCCGGAAUGGGUGGAGACACACAUUUUGACAUAGACGAGCCGUGGACCCUAAACCAACGGGAUGGCUCAGGUGUUGACUUGUUUCUGGUGGCAGUUCAUGAGUUGGGCCAUGCUCUUGGGUUGGAGCAUUCCAAUGACCCAACUGCCAUCAUGGCGCCAUUCUACCAGUGGAUGGACACAGAAAGCUUCUCAUUGGCUGAGGAUGACAUAAAUGGCAUUCACCAGAUCUAUGGACCUCCAGAGAUUGUGACCACUCAGGCACUGCCUACCACAACCAUGUUUACAACCACUGCUGAGCCAGAGACCACCACCACGAUGGCCUAUCCGAGGAUAACCAAACCCUCACUGCAGCCCACUAAGCCCUGGGUGCCUCCAGUCGACCCAACCAGGAGGACCUACAGACCCCAGCCGACAGCACGCACGGAUCAGGACGCACCUGACAUCUGCGAGGGGAACUUUGACACGGUCACCGUACUGAGAGGAGAGAUGUUUGUGUUCAAGGGUCGUUGGUUCUGGAGGGUUCGGAGGAACAGGGUUCUGGAUAAUUACCCAAUGCCUAUCUCCUUCUUCUGGAUGGGGCUUCCUGAAGACAUAGAUGCUGCAUAUGAACGACAUGAUGGAAAAUUUGUAUUCUUUAAAGGAAGUAAAUACUGGCUUUUCAGAGAGGCAGAUGUGGAGCCUGGAUACCCGCAGGACUUGUUUCGUUACGGUCAAGGCAUGCCUGACAGAGUGGACACUGCAGUGUGGUGGGAACCAUCUGGUUUUACCUACUUCUUCAGAGGAGACAGAUAUUGGCGAUUUAGUGAAGAAUCCCGUGCCGUGGAUAAAGAUUACCCCAAACCAGUGAGCAUUUGGGGCGCCAUUCCUGGCUCCCUGAAAGGGGCCUUCCUCAGCGAUGAUGGAUUGUACACUUACUUCUACCAAGGCACCAAAUACUGGAGGUACGAUAACAAACUAAAAAAGGUAGAUGCUGGAUACCCCAGAUCUGUUUUAAACGAUUUCAUGGGCUGCCGGGUGCACUUUGACGCUGAUUCAGACACAGAAGUAAAGCCUGGCCACAGGUGGCCAGAGACUACAGACAAGAAUCAGAACCCUGAUGACUACAAAAAUGAUGAUGAUGAGGAUGUUGCUGUUGAGGACGAAGAUGAUGGAAAUAAUAAUAAUGAUGAAAAAGAGGAGAAAAAGGAGGUGGACGUUGUUCAAAGGGUGAAUGAAAAUGAACACAUUACGACCCUCAUCUUGGUGACAGUGCCUUUGGUCCUGGUGCUAUGCAUUUUGGGAGUGAUCUAUGUCAUUAUUACCACUCUUCAGAGAAAAGAGACACCCAAAGUGUUAGUUCACUGCAAAAGGUCCCUGCAGGAGUGGGUCUGAUGCUCACUAACAGAUAUUGGCUCUGUUCCAAAACAGAGUGAGCUUCCUUCCGAGACAGUAUUUUUAGGUAUUGCAUGCACACUCCCAACAUGAAGGCUGUUUGAGUUGGCCGCAGUGUUAUGCUGCCUUUUAAGAUGUCUCAUAUGGCCAAUAUUUAAGGUAGCAUUGCAUGCAUACUUGGUGGAAAACACAAUCCCAUUGCAACGAUCAGUCAGCAUGUAUACUUAGACAGACAGAUAUAGACUAUAGCUAGACUGUGCAAAAACCUGCUGUAGCUCGAGUCAUAAGAAAUGGCCAAUUAUAAAUAUAUUUCAAUAUCAAAAAGUAUCACUAAAAAUAGUUCAAUAUUAUUCAAAAUAGAGGAUUUUAUUUAAUAUUUGUGUGUGCCAUGUAUUUUUGUGCGAAUUAGAGUAUAACGUUGUUAGCUUAGCUACAUGCUAAUGCCAAUCCCAGUUGGAAUCAACUGUAAGCAUGCAACGUCCACACUAACCAAUUAAGUUUGAACCCUCCGUUUUCAGUUUCCUAAUGUCAUCGCUUUCCAAAGUAUGCGGUUUUGGAGAGCAAGUCUCCGUUUUCGGUUGAGGAAAACUGCAUUUUAAUGUGGAUGAGAGGCAUAAACAAUAUUUUUUCAAAAUUGUGGACUUAGUCUGUGUUGUGCAUGUAGUUGCUGUCUUUGAAGAAUGUUUCAAAUCAGUCUCUUGUGAAGUUCCAUUUCAGUAAGGAUGCUGCCUUAGAAGGAAGCUGCCUAUGUAGGCAGUAGACAGCAAGGAUGCUCACUAAGUUUUAAAAACAGAGCCACUUUUACUACCCUGUAGCUGAUAUUUAUGCACAUAUGUCUUCUACGAGACACACACCUUUGUCGUUUGAUUGUUUAUGGUGCUCAUCCAAUCAGAACCCUGUUCUGAACAGAGAAUUUGCACUUUUGAUAGAUGAUUAUGAUUUGUUAAGUGGUCAUUUUAUGUUGUGGUUCUUCUCUGUGAGUGAGUUUGUUGUAUGUUAUGUGUAUUUUCCUGUUGAGCCUAGACUUUUUGGUUGUACACUGUGGGAAACGCUGGAUGUAUUAAAAAAAAAAAGAAAUCUUAGAUCAGCAAAUUUCCGCACAUCUAUUAACCGGCCUCGUUAAUAGAGGAAACCGCGAACUCUGUGACAAUGUCUUGCGAAAGCACAGGGUUAAAAUAAAAGUCAGGCUUAAUUGUCUUGCACACAUUUAGAAGGGUUUACAGUCUCUUCCCCGUGGAGCCUGGCCUGGCUUGCAUUACACAGAUGUUGCUGAUUUUGUACUUUAUGAAGAGAAAAAAGAGGGGGAUGGGGGCUUUAGCCUGCCAGCAUUUCCUCUGCCUGAGUUCCAUUGAGCAUGCCAAAAAGGAUGAGGAGGAGGAGGAAUAAAAGUGAGGCGUGGCUGUACUGUCACCGUGACCUACAUAUAGUGUACAGUACCCCCCCCCCAAUUACUUUUUUCUUCCUCUGGGACUGUUUUUUCUUCCUCUGGGACUUUUCGUUGUUUUCCCUGCUGUACUACCAGCCACAGUCUCCCCCAGCCCUGGAGUCUUUGUUUAUGAAAGACAUUCCUAGCCUUGGGAUCCUGUCCAUCAGUGCCUUGGAAGGCUGUAUAUGUGCCUUAAUAAUGCAGACCAUCACGAAUGAACAGUGUUGGAAGUGUAUUUCUUUAUUUUUACUGAGCAUGAGCCCAGAGUCUGCAGGCUUUUUGUAGUAGUCACAAAAAUUUGAAAUUUGUGGUCUCACAAAUUUGAAAUUUGUGCAUUUUUAGCCAAAAAUGCAAAUGCCUUUAGUAUUUUAAACCUGUGUCAUUUUUGUAUUAUCUCUGUUAAAAUGAAUGUGUUUUUUAUUUUCCCUGCUGCAAAAACAGCUUAAAGGGAUAGUUCACCCAAAAAUGAAAAUUCUUUCAUAAUUUACUCACCCUCAUGCCAUCCCAGAUGUGUUUGACUUUCUUUCUUAUGCUGAACACAAACAAAGAUUUUUAGUAUCUCAGCUCUGUAGGUCCAUACAAUGCAAGUGAAUGGUGGCCAGAAAUUUAAGUCCUUUUUUUUUACUAUACAUUGUUCUCCCUGCCCAGUAGGUGGCGAUAUGCACAAAGUGCAAAUCACCAAAAACAAAGAAGAAGAAUGCAAAAGUGAAAGUGGAGAUUUAUAGUAAGAAAGGACUUAAAUAUUGAACUGUUUCUCACCCACACUUAUCAUAUCACUUCUGAAGAUAUGGAUUUAACCACUGGAGUCGUAUGGAAUACGUUUAUGCUGCCUUUAUAUGCUUUUUGGACCUUCAAAGUUCUGGCCACCAUUCACUUGCAUUGUAUGGCCCUACAGAGCUGAGAUAUUUUUCUAAAAAUCUUUGUUUGUGUUCAGCAGAAGAAAGUCAUACACGUCUGAGAUCACAUGAGGGUGAGUAAACAAUGAGAGAAUUUUCAUUUUGGGGUGAACUAUCCCUUUAAACAAUCCUAAGCUGGUUUGCUGGUCUCAGAGCCAGGUCAGGCCAAUCUUUUGGCUGGUUUUAUGGCACUUUUUGCUGGUCAGGCUGCGAGACCAUCUUAAACCAGCAACAACCAGCAAACCACUCCAGGUUUAGGUAUAAAAAAUGUUUUCAGCAGAUUUAGUUUAGACUUUUUGACAAACGAAGGCUUUGAGAGUAGAGAAACUCCCUCAAUUAAUUUCAUGUUUUUAUUUUGAUUUCAGACAUUUAUAUUGUUUUGUAUUAACAAUCGAGUAAAUCAUGCAGGGCAUGUAUCGCUUUCACAGAUAUUAUCUGGUAUGUAGCUUGUUCACAAUAAAAUGGAGUAUGCAGACGUAA